AUGAAGAAACUAGGCGUCACGCUGACCCCCUCAGGCGAUGCGCUGCGCCAUAUGGCCAUGGACUCUGCGGUCACGGCCACGGGAGCAGAGCAGCAGGCUGAGCCCGUGUUGGAUGCGCCAGCGGGUAGCUUGCACGGCAAUGCCAGCAGCAACCUGGACGCGUUACCCCCAGCCACAGCUCUGGGGGAUCACUUGGCCAACGAACCUGACUGGCUGGACAUUGACAACAUCAUCCAGAGCUUCCUCCACGGACGUGAAGGAGCCCAUGCGCCCCCUGGUUUCGAGCCAGACACGGCGUGGCUGCCAGCUCCAUCUCUGCACAACAUGGCUGGCGCACCGUCGACGACGGCGGCGAUGUAUCCUCCAUCGACUGAGAGCAGCGGCUACUUCCAUCCCCAGGAUGAGAGCGGUAGCAGCGAUGGGUUUGUGCACGACCCUUUGUUUGGCUUCAAUGGGUCGACGACAGACUCGUAUCACUAUGCGUCGUGGACCUCCCAGAUAACCCGGCCCGACUCGUUGGCUAAGAAGACAUCAGAUAUCCGCGUGCAGGCUUACUCGAUGGGUCUGCCGCAUCCAAGCCUGCAGCCGACGGGUGCCGUGUGUCUGGCGUCGGCGCUGUGCUCGCCAGGCACAACCGUCGCGGAACUCGCGGGCCAGGCAGUACUUUGUGAUGGUGAUGGUGAUGCCCUGCUCAGUCCUAAGAGGACGCCGUCGCCGCCUGUACCGGGCGCGCAUGAGCGCAGCGUCAUCAUUGCGCACAGCAAGGGCACCAUUCAAGUCGGCGUCCAGCUGGAUGAGGCUGGUGGUGUCAGGGGCUGCACCGUGUCGAGGACGGCGAGGAGGCUGUUUGAGGGUAAAGUGUGA